AUGUCAAUCACUCCGUUUAAGAAAAGAGUCUGUUAUUAUUACGACAGUGACAUAGGAAACUAUUAUUAUGGACAAGGUCAUCCUAUGAAACCACAUAGGAUUCGAAUGACUCAUAAUUUGCUUUUAAAUUACGGUUUAUACCGAAAAAUGGAAAUAUAUAGACCUCAUAAAGCAACUGCAGAAGAAAUGACCAAAUUUCAUAGUGAUGAGUAUAUACGCUUCUUACGAAGUAUUCGUCCAGAUAAUAUGAAUGACUAUAAUAAACAAAUGCAAAGAUUCAACGUAGGUGAAGAUUGUCCAGUUUUUGAUGGUUUAUACGAAUUUUGUCAGCUAUCUGCGGGCGGUUCAGUAGCAGCAGCUGUAAAGUUAAAUAAGCAAUCUGCAGAUAUUUGUAUAAAUUGGGGAGGUGGUCUCCAUCACGCAAAAAAAUCUGAAGCCAGUGGCUUUUGUUAUGUUAAUGACAUCGUACUUGGUAUAUUAGAAUUGCUUAAAUACCAUCAACGGGUAUUGUACAUCGAUAUUGAUGUUCAUCAUGGUGAUGGCGUUGAAGAAGCAUUUUACACUACUGAUAGAGUUAUGACAGUUUCAUUCCACAAAUAUGGCGAAUAUUUCCCUGGUACUGGUGAUCUCAGAGACAUUGGUGCUGGAAAAGGAAAAUACUAUGCAGUUAACAUUCCCUUAAGAGAUGGAAUGGAUGAUGAUAGUUAUGAAUCAAUAUUCGUACCAAUAAUUACUAAAGUAAUGGAGACGUUCCAACCUAGUGCAGUCGUAUUACAAUGUGGAGCAGAUUCACUUACAGGAGACAGGCUUGGAUGUUUUAAUUUAACUGUUAAAGGUCAUGGUAAAUGUGUUGAAUUUGUGAAACGUUAUGGUUUACCUUUUCUUAUGGUUGGUGGAGGUGGUUAUACUAUCCGCAAUGUAUCUCGAUGUUGGACAUAUGAGACAGCUGUGGCCUUAGGAGCUGAAAUUGCCAACGAAUUGCCGUAUAAUGACUAUUUUGAAUACUUUGGACCCGAUUUCAAACUUCAUAUUAGUCCUUCAAAUAUGACCAAUACAAAUGCUACUGAAUAUUUAGAAAAAAUUAAAAACCGACUCUUUGAAAACUUACGAAUGCUACCUCAUGCCCCAGGAGUUCAAGUCCAAGCUAUUCCUGAAGACGGUGUACGUAAUGAGUCUGAAGAUGAAGAUAAUGUUAACCCAGAUGAAAGGAAUCCUCAGUCCAUUACAGACAAACGAAUUGCACCUGACAAUGAGUUUAGCGAUAGUGAGGAUGAAGGAAUGGCUCCCGGUGUAGGAGGUGGUGGCCGAAAAGAUAACAGAUCUUAUAAAACGGUUGCACCUGCUAGAAAACAGGCACGUUUGGACUCUAAUAGGAUGGAAGUAGAUGAACCUGAAUUUAAUAUUCUAAAAGAUGAUAAAGAAGACAAAUCUGUUAGUUCUGAUGAUUCUAAUAAAAAGGAUGCUGUCAAGUCGUGA